AUGAGCUAUGGAAGUAUACAUGAUAUGAAUGAACCGGAGACCAACCGUAUAAUAAAAAAAACCCAAAACAACAUCAAGGGAUGGUACUUGUAUUCGUUUUCUAGUGAGCCGUUUGUGGUUUCUGCGGUUUCGACCUAUAUUCCCUUGUUACUGCAACAAUUUGCCAGUAUUAACGGUGUAAAGGUGCGCGACCAUGCCAUACCUUGUCUGGCUGAAAAUGGAAGUGAUUCAGAUAAGUGUGUUCUCGGCCUAUUUAACAAUAGGAUAUUUGUGGAUACCUCGAGUUUUGCUUUGUAUGUGUUUUCCAUUAGUGUUUUGUUCCAAACUCUUAUUGUGAUAUCUGUUUCAGGGAUAGUAGAUCUUUGGGGAAGCGUUAAAUUCAAGGGCAGAGUUCUGGUUUGGUUUAGUAUAAUAGGUGCAUUUGCUACUAUUGCCAUUUCAAAAUUGAAUGACACCCAAGUGUAUUCUCUAGCUGGGCUUUAUAUUAUAGCUAAUGGUUGUUUUGGUGUUAUUAAUGUGGUGGGAAAUUCCCUUUUACCCACAUUUGUCAAGGAUUCAUUGAAAAGUCAAAGUCAAGGAGUUUAUGAACCUGAUGAUGUGGAUUCACUUACAACGCUGAUCAGCGGUAGAGGUGCUUCGCUAGGUUAUUCAAGUGCAUUGAUUGUUCAGAUUGUGUCCAUGUUUUUGGUCUCAUUGAAAAAGGGCACUAAGCAAGACAUUCAAAUCGCUAUUCUUUUCUUGGGGCUUUGGUGGUUUGUGUGGCAAUUACCCAUGAUCUGGUUGAUUGAUGAUGUAACGAUACCAGCUACAGGGGACGGGUCCACUGUAGCAUCUACCCAUAGUUCGUAUUAUGAUGAGCAAAGACGUACGGGAACGCUAAGUUGGAAAACGUACCUUUCAUAUGGUUGGCUGUCGCUUUUCGAAUCGUUCAAACACGCCAAGCUAUUGAAGGAUGUAAUGAUCUUCCUUGUUGCGUGGUUUAUUAUUAGCGAUUCCAUUACCACGAUAAACUCUACGGCAAUUUUAUUCUCCAAGACAGAACUACAUAUGAGCACCCUUAACCUAAUCAUGAUAAGUAUCCUGACCAUGGUGAAUGCCAUGCUAGGCGCUUUUGUCAUUCCGCAGUUCCUGGCGACAAAAUUCCGGUGGUCAUCCAAUCAAACCUUGAUGUACAUUAUUAUUUGGGCAAGUUUCAUCCCAUUCUACGGUAUACUCGGAUUUUUCUUUGAUGCGUUUGGUUUGAAACAUAAGUUCGAAAUGUUCCUAUUGGCCAUUUGGUACGGAUUAUCAUUAGGUGGGUUGUCCGCCGUUUCAAGAUCAGUCUUUAGUUUGAUUGUGCCUCCCGGAAAAGAAUCUACAUUUUUCAGUAUGUUCAGCAUUACAGAUAAAGGUUCAUCCAUUCUGGGGCCCUUUAUCGUUGGUCUACUCACUGACAGAACGCAUAAUAUUCGAUAUUCGUUUUAUUUCUUCUUUUUUCUUUUAAUUCUAUCAUUGCCCGUAUUGAACUGUUUGGACGUUAAAAGAGGCAGGAGAGAGGCUGAGCAAUUGAGCCAAAUUUCUCCAGAGACUGAAAGAAGAUUGGAUUGA